GAGCUGCUCAUGUUUUCCUACGGGCGCGCUGCCCUGGCCUUCAGUGCGCACUCCACUAUGGAACGCAAACGUACCGCCUGGCACGGAACGAGAGUCGGAAGGAAAAAACACAUGCGAGAGAAUGACCCAUGACAGGAGCGCAAUGUUCCGUAAUCUGGAGAAGCGACGAAUGCGUCGUGAAGGAGAAAGGCUUCGAACUUUUCUGAACUGGCCCGCUGACGCACCGGUCACCUCUGGGGAUCUGGCCAAAGCGGGGUUCUUCUACCUGGGUUCCGGAGAUAAGGUCCAAUGUUAUUGUUGUGGCGGGGUUCUGAGGUACUGGGUUCACGGAGACACCCCUUCUGUCGACCACAAAAGGUAUUUUCCAACUUGUGGUUUUAUGUUGGGCGGAGACGUGGGGAAUAUUCCGCUGGUGGUCGCCCCUGGGUCCUCGGACUCCGUUGACGGUCAACUGGUGAGCCAGCUGCAGAGGAUGACUGUGGACGACCAGGCAGCGGCCGGACAUGCGGUUUACCCCGAAAUGGAGGCAGAGGACGCCCGGCUUACAACCUUCCACAACUGGCCCCCCGGGGCCUCAGUCCAGCCAGAUGUACUCUCCAGGGCAGGGUUUUUCUACACAGGGCAUGGAGACAAUGUUAAAUGUUUCUUCUGCGACGGUGGUCUCAGGAACUGGGAGCCCGGCGAUGACCCCUGGCAGGAACAUGCUAAGUGGUUCCCAAGAUGUGAGUUCCUGCUACGGUCCAGAGGGCAGGGUUACGUCAGCACCAUCCAGGACUCUCACUUUCAUCACAGCGAGACUGUGGGUGGAUCACAGACUCCUGUAUCUCGAGACAUCAGCUCACGGAAUGACGUGGUGGCCGGUCUGGGGGGUUCUUCCGCCAUGCUGUCCCCCGUGGUGCAGACCGUGCUGCGCAUGGGCUUCCAGGCCAGCCUGGUGGAGAGCCUGGUCCAGACCAAGUACCUCCUGAGUGGGCAGCACUACACCUCCGUCUCCGACCUGGUGACGGAUGUGCUGCAGGCCGAGGGGGAGGAGCGACAGAGAGACCCGCAGAGCAGAGAGCCAGAGGUACACCAGGGCCCCAGCACUGGAACACUGAGGACCCGGGCUCCCAUUAAAGAGAAAGCUGUGGACCCCACUCCCGAGGAGCUGCUGAGGCAGCUGCAGGAGGAGCGGACCUGCAAGGUGUGCAUGGACAAGCCCGUGUCCAUCGUCUUCAUCCCCUGCGGCCACCUGGUGGUGUGCAGCGACUGCGCCACCAGCCUGCGCCACUGCCCCAUCUGCAGAGCCAGCAUCAGGGGCAGUGUCCGGGCGUUCAUGUCCUGAGCCGGGCCUUUGGCCCAGCGAGCCCCGUGUUAGAAGUGCAGUGGGGGUUCAAAACCCUUUUUACGACAGAGUGCACUGGUGUAAAAGUGUUGUACCAGAGUGUCUCCCCAUAUGAUAUGUAGGCAGUGUCUUUUACGCUGCAGACAUUACAUUGUUUGCCUUGAGGUUUAUGUUGAUAUUGUAAUUCAAUUACGAAUAACAUUUUAAAUAAUGCCAUCUUUAUGAAUCAAUUGUUUUAACACACCUUUAUUUUUUCGAGAAACAAUGAAAAUAGAUCAGAAUAAAAGUUCGGAAACAUC